AUGGGCUCCGCGCACUCCGUGCCCGCCGAGAUGCGGGAGCUGGCCGACAGGACCGGCUUCACCUCUGAACAGAUCGAGCACCUGCACCGGCGAUUCAAGCAGCUGAGCCGGGACCAGCUGACAAUCCGGAACCUGCGGCAGGAGUCGGAGGGGCUGGCGGACGAGAUAAACUUCGAAGACUUCCUGACCAUCAUGUCCUACUUCAGACCCAUCGAGAUGAACAUGGACGAGGAGCAGCUCGAUCGCUUCCGGAAAGAGAAGCUGAAAUUUCUCUUCCACAUGUACGACUCCGACCACGACGGGAAGAUCACGCUGCAGGAGUACAGAAAUGUGGUGGAGGAGCUGCUGUCGGGGAACCCCCACCUGGAGAAGGAGUCGGCGCGGUCCAUCGCCGAUGGGGCCAUGAUGGAGGCAGCCACCAUCUGUGUGGGACAAAUGGGGCCAGACCAGGUGUAUGAGGGCAUCACCUUCGAAGACUUCGUUAAGAUGUGGCAGGGUAUCGACAUUGAAACCAAAAUGCACGUCCGCUUCCUCAACAUGGAGACCAUUGCGCACUGCUACUGACCUCCGGCUCCCUCCUGGGAGCCGCAGGAGGAGGAAGAGGAGGAGGAA